AUGUACGCGACGGAGCGCGUGGUGACAGCCCUGAGAGACGCUUUGAGGGACGAGAGAGCUGCCAAGAACAGGGCUGAGGCACAGUGCCUUGCUAUAGGAAAGGACAAAUCAGAGAUUCUGUCUAACCUUUGCCGCAAAACCAAUUGUGACAUUCUUUGCGUGCAAGAGACCCAUCGAGACGAAACACAGAGCCGCCCACAAAUAGCCGGACUUAAGCUUAUCGCCGAGAUCUCACAUCCGAAACACGUGGUUGAGAUCUACAUAGAUCAGCUGGAGUCGCGACACAGCGCGACGGAGCGCGUGGUGACAGCCCUGAGAGACGCUUUGAGAGACGAGAGAGCUGCGAAAAACAGGGCUGAGGCACAGUGCCUUGCUAUAGGAAAGGAGUUGAAAACCGUUCAAAUCGAGACAGGCCAGACCAUAGCUAGUCUCCGUACAGCGUUACGAGACAAGGAGAACGAGCUAACCAACCUCCGCAACACGACCUCGUCUAUCCGGACCACAGAUACGAGUGCGCUGAAUGUAGCCGACUAUGACGUCAUGCAGGAGUCCAUAGACAAUGAUAAGAUACAUUAUCUGACGGAGACGUUGGUCCAGAAGCAAGGGAAGAUCGAUUCGUUGUUGGCUGAUAAUAACAUGCUGAGGAUACAGUUGGAAAAGUUGGAGUCGAAAUUCAAAGCAGAGGUGAUGUCGAAACGCAACCACACGCACAGCGUUCACGUAGAAGACCGCGACCGAUGUCGGUCCCGCCACCAGCCCGUGUCGGCGUUGUCGGCGCUGUCGGUCCGAUUCAGCGUCGCUAUGAAGAGGCACCCGCUGUUCAGGACGUUCAUUGUCAUCUAUAUGAUAUGUCUACACCUGUGGGUUCUGACGGUUCUCUUCACAAGCACGCCCGAUGGUCACAUUCCCCGGCACGUUAAGUCGUGA